AUGGACCCAGGAGCUUCCUUGCCUCUGGCCUCACUGCGUCUCCUGGUCCCGCCGGUCCAGCUCAUGACGGCCUCCAUGUGGCGCGUGCUGAAGAAGAAAGACGUCAUGAACUACUGGAACGUGGCAGAGUUUGUCUCUGGGGUGGUGGACAUGGUCCCAGAACUACUGAUGAACAAGCACAGGAGUCAGCUCGACUUGGGAUUAAGAGCAAGGUUCAUUCUGGAGCUGUGCCAACAUGAACAACUUAUAAAACCUGAGAGUAUCUUUUCCUACUUGGACAAGAUCAAAUCAACACGUUCAGAUUUGAUAGAUGCGGAGGAGGAGGAGCUCACCGUUAACUUCCUGAACUUGAUUCAGACUCUGCUCAAAGACCCUGAGGAAAGACAAGACUUUUUCCUGGACAUUUUCCCUGCAGUGUUUGGACCUCAGUAUGACAGUGACCUGCUGAUGCUGUUCUCAGAGUUCCUGUGUCGCCUGGCUCAGCUGCUGCCGGUACCAAACCUCCAGCAGACGGCCUCCUGGCUCGGAAUCGAAUCAUCUGUGUUAGAGGAUUGUUCACAGACGGUAUCCAAGUCCACGGAGCUAAAACAUCUCCUCCUGCACCACAAAAACCUGGGGCUCCUAGAGCAACACGUUCCACCUUAUGGCAUGGGUGAAAACGUUCUUUCCUCGCUCUCUGCCGUCUAUUCUCCGAGGGUGGCAGCGCCUACGGAGCAGCCCGACCAGUCAAACCCAGCACAAGACCUCAGUGAUGACACGGGGCCCUUGGUGUUGGUGGAUGACGUCGCAGUUGAAAUAAUCACCAUCUCUGAUUUUGCUGAAGUAGAAGUUUGUCUAAGCCCCAGCGUGGAAACGGUGUUGAGAGAAAACCACGCUGAAGUGGAAAGCACCGGUACAGCUGCAGGAGUUCCUCAGGGAGGAGUGAGGGAAGAGGAGGAAGAGGAGGACGAGGAGGAAGCAAACCCUCACACACCGUCCUCCCUGCACAGAGCUACCGCGGGGCCGCACGACUGUCCACACUGCAAGAAGAAGUUCAAGUUUGCCUCGUCCCUGCUGGCGCACAGCGUCAUCCACACCGGGGAGCGGCCCCACCAGUGCAGCGACUGCGGCCGCAGCUUCUCCUUCAGGCAGUCCCUGAAGAGACACAAGCAGACGCACAAAACCGGCCGCACGUACGACUGUUUGGUCUGCAAGGAGAGCUUCCGCUCGCUGUCGGCCCGCACCGAGCACAAGCAGACGCACAUGGACAACGGCGCGUACUCGUGCAACCGCUGCGACAAGAAGUUCAGCUGGGAGCUGUCGCUCACCCGGCACCUGAAGAACCACGCUGAAGACCACGGUGGAACCCAGGACGGGCCGGAUGACGGACCGGAGGACGGACCGGAGGACGGGGAAGCUGCCGCCAGCAUCAGCGAGGCCAACGGGGAUGCGGAUGGAGCAGACGGAGAGGAGCAGCCUCCAGGGGACGCAGCGCGUCAGUGUCAGGGCAGCAGCGCUGCCUCACCUGAACCUGCGUGUCCUGCUCCCGAGCCGGACAUCCACCGGGUCACGGUCCGCACAAGCGGACGCAAACGCACACCGACCAUGAAGAUCAGGGUGAUAAAUCUACAGAAACGCAUGUCCACGGAAAAGAUGACAGAUGUCACAAGAGUGAAUGCUCCAGCACAGAGGCCUUUACCCUUCAUUUGUUCAGAACACUCCUACGGGUCAGCCGUGGGCUCCAAGGACGGGGAUGAAAGUUCUUCGGCAGACGCCUCGUCGGCUGCUUUCUCCUCCCAGCUCUCAGAGGAAGUGCAGGUCCAGCAGAAAACGGACAAAGCUCCCUCUGCAGAGAGAAACUCGGCCCUUCAGAUCCUCCCGGAGGAAGAAGGACUCUUCACCUGCUUGGACUGCGAUAAGAGCUUCAAGUUCCCGUCCCUGCUGAAAGCCCACCGGCGCGUCCACACGGGGGAGCAGCCCUUCUCCUGCUCCCAGUGCGGCCAGCGCUUCUCCUUCAAACAGUCCAUGGAUCGACACCGGCAGACUCACAAAUCCACAUGCACGCACAAGUGUCUGAUCUGCAGGCAGAUCUUCAAGUCGGCGGCGGAGCAGCGGGAGCACGACGGCUCCCACAUGGAGAACGGGGAGUAUCUGUGCUCCGAGUGCGGCCGCACUUUCCCCUGGAGGUCCGGGCUGGUGAGACACCUGAAGACGCACGGCACGGGCGCCGACGCUCCCGCCCCCGCGGGGGAUUCCCACAAAUGCCCUCGCUGUCACCAGGGCUUCAGCUGCAAAAGCUACCUGAACAGACAUCUGCAAACGCACAAGGAGGAGAGAGUCCACACCUGCAACUGCGGGAAGAGCUUCGCCUACCGCGCCGCGCUCACCGCGCACCAGCGCAUCCAUCAGAAAGAGCGGCCGCACGCGUGCAAACAGUGCGGGAAGGGAUUCCUGUACAAGGGCGGCCUGCUGAGCCACAUGAAGAUCCACUCGGAGGAGAUGCCCUUCAUGUGCUCCUUCUGCGGGAAGAGCUUCAAGAGGGAGCGCAACAUGAAGAAACACGAGCGCUGCCACACCCGGGAGAACGUGUUCAGCUGCUCGCAGUGCGACAAGAGCUUCGUGUACAAGGCCACGCUGGUGCGGCACGAGCUGACGCACUCCGGGGAGAGGCCGUACCUCUGCUCCGACUGCGGGAAGGGCUUCUUCUCCCACGCCGAGCUGCUGAAGCACGAGCGCUUCCACACCGGCCACAAGCCCUUCCAGUGCCCGUACUGCGGCAAGAAGUUCACCCAGUCCUGCUACCUCACCAUCCACCUGCGCUACCACACCGGCGUGCGGCCGUACUCCUGCGCCGAGUGCGACAAGAGCUUCCUGAGCGCCAACCGGCUCAAGAGACACCAGCGGACUCACUCCGGGGAAAAACCCUACCUCUGUGUGGAGUGUGGGAAGGGAUUCAGGCAGUCGUAUCAUCUUAAAAUGCAUCAGCAAACGCACGUUUCAUGAGAAAAACAUCGAGCAGGGUCAGUGUACUCCGCGGCCAUCCUUUUUUUGUUUUGAAAUGAAAA